AUGCUGCGGGCCACUUGCACUCCUCGGCGAGUGAUCACUCUGCAGGGCAAUCUCUACCGUCCCAUCUUCCUUCGCUUCGUAGGGAUGCCGCCAUAUGGCGAAGACCCUCACCAAGUGCUUGGAGUGCGCCCAGGUGCCUCUGCCGCAGAGGUCCGAGCAGCAUACCUCAAAUCUGCGCUGCGUACGCAUCCAGACCUGGCCAGUAGCCCCGCUGAGGCGGCCAAGCAAAGCGAGGCUUUCCGGCGAGUCGCAGAGGCGUAUCAACAGCUCCGCACCCCUCGAGGAUCACAAGCAUCGGUCGGCUCCGCUCCAAAGGAGGGCUGGCUCCGCUUCUGUUCCGUCAGCCAAGAGCAGGCGGAGAGACUUUUCCGCGACGCCUUCAACGGCCGGGGCUUGGACGAGAUGCUUCAAGAGGAGUUGGGCAGAGUGGAGCUGAAGCUAGGAGUUCACGCUGCAGCUGUCCGCGAAGGCAUUCUUGCUCGACUUCUCCGCUCCGCGCAGGCAGCUUCACGGCUGCCUUUGCCCCAAGAGGUGACCGACAAGCCGCGUCCGGAAGAGAACUGGCCACGACUGGAUGUCCAGAGGGAGCCCUUCGUGGGCAGCGAUGGGCACAAGUGGGUGCGCAUCUACACCACGACUCGAUGGCCAAAUGGAAGGAAGGAGGAGCACGUCCUGGAGAAGCCUUGCCUGCCCAAGCUGCUUGAGCCAGGGCCCAGGCCAAUGACCAUUGCACCCAAAAGUGCCCCUUCACGCCCCCACAAGCUUUCGCCUGCCGAGUGCAAAGCAUGGAUCCAGGCAGUUGCAGGAGACUGGCAGGCUUUGGGAAAAGCGCCCUUGGCAGUGCGAAUGGACCCUCGGCUGGGUGUCGCCGCAGUGAAGCAGGACUGGCGAGCAAUCCAGUUCGCGGGCGAAAAUUUACGAGCAGAUAAAAGCUUCAUGUUGCAGGCCUUGCAAUAUUCCGGCUUCGCGUUGCAGUUCGCCUCCCAAGCUCUGCGAUGCGAUCGUGAGGUCGUACUGGAGGCAGUUCGCAAGGACGGAUGCUCGAUCCGGCAUGCCUUCUACCAAGCCUUCAGGGAGGAGUUCGAUAUCGUCAAAGAGGCGGUUGCCAACGACUGGCGGGCACUGCAGUUCGCAUCCAGCGAGAUGAAGAAAAACAAAGAGAUAGCACUCGUCGCCAUUGAGCAGAGCUGGGAAGCGGUGCGAUUCAUCGACGAGGAGCUACAGGGGGAUUAUGCCAUCAUGGAUGCGGCAGUUUCGCAGCAUGGAGAGGCGCUCCGGUUUGCCAGCGAAACGCUGCGCGCGAACCCGGUGCUGGUCAGAAAAGCAGCAGAGAAUGGCUGGCAGGUUGUGGCUGAGGGAAACGAAAUAGUCCUCCAGCUGAGAACCGAAGGGCUGACCUGGGCGCCGCGGCCUGUUCGCAACCCGUAG